UCCGGCGCUGUGGAAUGCUUCUGCACUUUAAAGUGGAUCUGGUCUGUAUUUGUUGAGUCCAAUUAGUUUGUUUUACCCAGAAUUAUGCCAACGCUUCGUACCAGACACAACUCGCCCCAGUAGGGGGUGCAAAGGGAGCAGGUCACCGUGGACUCCAGCUGCUGGCUCAGCCACCCUGAGGAUCCGGUUACCUGUCUGGGGCUGCUGGCUGUCAGGACAUACUCCAGUGGAUCCUCCACAGAACGCAGAGGCAGGGGGUUCGCCUAUGGCUUGGCGUAUUCGGUGGAAAUCGUCGCUCCUGCGAACGUGUUUGGACACGAGUUUAGUGCCGCUCAGUUUCCCAGCCAUCCCCAAAUGAAAAACAGGAUGCAAAAUAUAAAAGAUAUAGCAAGAACUAAUUCAACACAAAUAAAAGACCUCAAUUUGCUCACAGAUUUGACAUAUCUACUCAUGCUAAUGUGAGCUCUACACAAUUACUUUUAAUUGAAGUUAAUGGUAAUCUAUAAGGGUAAGUCGGGGUAAGUCUCAAAAUAUGAGAAAAUUGCGAAAAAUGCUAAUGUUUUGCGUUGAGUCACCGGCAGUGACUCCACCCACCCGCUUUUUAUAUUGCCUCGCCCCAACAAAGAGGACCAGAAAAUCAAAUCUUCACUCUGUUCAGCAGCACUGUGACUUAUAACCUGUCUGUGAACCUGGGAGGGACGCUCGGACUCACCGGGAACUCAACAGAUGGCGAAAACCCGGACGUUUAGGUCUUGCAUAUGGAUACUGCUUUUCAUAACCUGGAGGGAGAGUUUGCUUUGCAAUGGACUGGAAGUGCUUCCCCCUAAGGACAUUUCAGUUUUCGACCCUGGUCGUCUUGGAUUUCUUGAGAUUACAUGGAGCACUGCAAGGAGUUCCAUCAACAUGACAAAGUGCUCAGUAAUGUAUCAUCUGGAGUACUACAACACCUACAGAGACAGAUGGGAUGCUGUCAGGACGGUUGCCAGGAGUUACAGUGCUCAGUUUAAUCUGAUGGAAGAUAUUAAAGUCAGAGUUUACACCUUGCUGAAUGGGCCCUGCACCAACAACACAAUGAUCAAAAGCAAAACCUAUACCGAGAUGAUUCAGAAACCUCCCGGUACAGGAAUUCAGGACACUGGAGUCCAGGAUCUUAAUUGCUUGUUCUAUAACAUGGAGCAUAUGUUGUGCGAAUGGAAAAGAAGCAAGAAGACACCAGCCACCUCACAGCACCAUCUUUAUUUCUGGCAUAAAAAUUUGGAGCAUGCAGUGGAAUGUCCGAAAUACAUUAUGUCGGGUGGAGUCAGGAGUGGCUGCAACCUGACAGAAAACCCUCUCCCUUUAUUUAAAGACAUCAACUUCUGUGUAAAUGGCACCUCCCAUGAAGGGGACCUGAGGCCAACAUGCAUCACCGUGCAGAUGCAGAACCACGUGAAGGCUGCAGCCACACAGAAUCUGCAUCUCCAGGCAGGUCCUGACAAGCAGCUGGAACUGCAUUGGGAGGAUCCUGUAGGGAAGGUUCCUGGACACUGCCUAGAAUGGGAGGUGGAACAGAGUCAGGAGGGAGCUGAUGGAACAAUAUCAUUGAGACAGAUUACUACCAAAGACACCAAACUAACCAUCGCACCCAGCCCCGAUACAGGGACAAACUGCUUCAGAGUUCGGUCCGAAAUGAUCAAGUACUGCGCAGACGAGGGCAUCUGGAGUGACUGGAGCCCUCAAGCAUGCUACCCAGUAUUAAACAAGAUGUUCACCACUCCUGAGCCAGGGCAGGUCUUGGUACCUGUUGCCAUUGCUAUUGCCAUUGUUUCCCUGCUGGUGCUGUCUCUAUGCGUGUGGUUGGCUGUCAGAAUGAGGAUAUCAAGCGGGGAGAAGAAGCUGUUCUCUCUGCUUUCAGCACUGUUCUCCAGGAAUCACGCACACAGAGAAGCCUGCGAGGGAAAGGAAACGUGCCCUCACACAGUUAUCUGACAGCAUUAACCGUGGUUCUCCAUGGUUGUUACUUUUUCCUGGGUACCUGUAGAUUCUCAAGUGAGGCUAGAACCUCUUUCUCAUACACUUACCCAGUAUUUUAUUCUACAAAAAUAUCUAACAACCAACUAUAAGGCAAACAAACUAUUCCUGCUGUUAUUUUAGCAUUUACAUUUCGACACGCUUGAAUUUGCACUCUAUCAAACGAGCCUGUAAAUGGGAGCUGUUCUGAUGAAAGGUCCCGCCCGUUUGGCUGAAUGUUUACUUUGUGCCACAAGACUUGCAUGCUGAUAUAGUCAGCACAAAUAGAAAUGUCAUUUUAUUUGAUUUUUAUUAUUAUUAUUAUUUUUAUACUGCUGAUUAUCCUCAUGGGAUUUUUAAGAACUGUCUUACCCUCAGCCAGAUUUCUUGCCAGAUAUUACACUAUAGAUGUUUUAUUGUGUUUGAUAUGUUCGAUAUAGUAUGUGUUUGUUCAGUUUUUUAGGAUUUCACUCUGUGCCACAGUUUUUGCCAGAUCAUUAUAUAUGUUUUGUAUGUAUAUACAAAGGAGAAUUGCCACGCAGAAUUUGUACGAGGUACGUAUUAAAACAUUUCUAUCAAAGAUUGACUAAAUCAUCCAUGUGAGUGUUUUGUUUUUCAUUGUAUGUGUGUCAGUGACGAACAAGCUGCUUGGUGCCUUGAAUUCUCUUUGGAUUGAAUAAAGUGACUGCUCUUAUACUGCCUUUCACGGAGAUAAUGCAAUAUAGAAAUAUAUUUUGGGGUGUCCUAAGGGUUUUUAAAAAAUGUACAUUGUAAUCUCUGGACAUGCAUAAUACUGUAAGAAUCUGAAAUCCAUAAUAAAAAAAAAAAAUUUU